UCCAAGAUGAUUCCGUCCGAUUGCGUUCUGGAUAUAUCCAACGUGUUUCAUUCCACCUCGGUGGUGAUUGAAGGGGCCUGCCUGAACAAAUCCGAACCUACCGCGGUGCUCAGAGACGUAUCGGCCCGCGUUCACGGCGGAGAGGUCUUGGCCAUUCUAGGAUCAAAGGGCUCCGGCAAACGUGCGCUCCUCGAUGUUAUCGCUGGAAGGGCGGAGGGCGAGACGAGGGGGCGGGUUACCCUGAACGGCAACCUGCUGACACCGGAGCUGUUCCGACGUCACGGCGGCUACGUAGCUCACAGGUGUCACCUGCUGCCGAGUCUGACGGUUCGCCAGACCUUAAUGUACGCCACGUGGCUCGCCAAUCUGAAUAAUCGCGAGGCCCGGGUGCGACAGACCCUUGCUGACCUAGCGCUCUCGCAGGUCGCCAAUCGGUCAGUGAACGACCUCACCAGACCGGAGUACCGGCGGCUGAUGUUGGGCGUGCAGCUUGCUAAGGACCCGACCCUGUUGCUGCUGGACGAGCCAACCUGGGACACCGAUCCCCUAAACACGUACCUCAUCGUCUCAAUGCUGUGGUCCUACGCCACCAGACGCGGCUCCAUCGUCGUCCUCACGAUGGAAACACCUAGAUCUGAUGUAUUGCCGUUCGUCAGCCGCGUGACAUUGCUGUGCCUGGGCGCGGUGGUCUAUUCCGGACCUACCAGAAGCAUGUUGGAUUACUUCACGUACAUCGGCUUUCCGUGCCCGGAACUGGAGAAUCCCCUGAUGUAUUAUUUAUGCUUGUCAACUGUUGAUCGUCGCUCCCGAGAUCGUUUUCUCGAGUCCAAUCAACAGAUAUCAGUCCUGGUGGAGAAAUUCAAGAUCGACGGGGUACUUUACAUGAAAGAAGGACCACAAAUGCAGCACAGUAUGAAAGAUACGGCUCUCGGCAUUAUGCACAAAGGCUUAGGACGCGGAAUUAAGCCAGGCUGCUUCUCGACUCUUUUGGCGCUGUAUUUACGAAGUAUGGCGACUACGUUCUCGUUCAACAAGAUCGGCCUGGGACACUUUGCCGCUCGCCUGCUGUUACUGCCAUUCGUGGUCGCUCUAAUGAGCAUACUGUACUCGCAUUCGAGUCCCGUACAAUCAAGAAUUUUCUUGCAAACCGGUGGCUUGAUCUUCAACGUCUUGACGUUGUUUUACGUGGCCGGGAUAGCCGCGACAUCGCUUUUGUUUCCAGGUUUCCGCGCGAGGUAUUACCAAGAGAAGCGAGAAGGUCUCUAUGGCGGCGCAAUGUUCCUGACCGCAUACACCAUGUUGAGUCUCCCACUGAGUUUCAUAUCGACAUUAGUAACGAUCGGGAUUCUAAUUCCCAUUCUGGACCUGGAUCUCACCUCGUGGGCGUAUGCCUCCGGCAUUCUAUGGUCCAGCUACGUAGCGGCCGAGCAAGUGACGGUAGCCGUGCUGAUGGUGGUCGGUAGGCCUGUAAUCGGUGCCAUCACGGUGUUGUAUAUGACAUUGGUAUCUCUGGUGGUUGCGUCAGGUGCGAUUCGUAGCCUAAAAUACUUGCCCUACUGGUUGGCGAUGGCAACGACCGCAUUGCCCACCAGAUACGCAUCUCUCGCGCUGAAUCAGCUGGUCAUUGACACUCCUACCCUGUCUAAUUUGCGUUACAACGAGAGCUUCACCUGUCCGGGUAUACCCGAGCUCUGUAGGUACCCCGAUGGUAAGACCUAUCUAAUAGAACGCUUUACUAGGGAAGGCGAGAACAUUUCCGAGGUGUUAAACGUGGAUCUGAAUCUAUUGAUCUCUUUAGCAUUUGCUGUUGGUCUUAUUAUAUUAAAUAGCGUUUUAUAUCUGUUGCCACUGCCCGCUAGAGUGAAGGCGAAAUUUAGAGAAUAAUGAAUUAUUAAAUAUAUUAAAUUCGCAUUUAUAAUGUGAUCGUCAGGUUGAACGAAACUCGAGUAUUUGGAUUUGACACCAAUUGAAGUGUGUAUUACACUUAUUUAAUUUGACAAUUUUUAGUGUAUAUAUAAAAUUUGUACAUAACAAAAUUAGGAUUAUCGAUCAAAGAAAAAAAGAACACAUCAAAAAUAUUAAAAACUUUUAUUUCACAAGAUAUGUUAUAAAAUCGUUUUAUUUACCAUAAUCCUAAUUAGUAUAUAAUGUAUAGUAUAUAAUGUGAUUUCGAUUACUUGCACAAACGUAUUAUAAAUCAUUUUUAUAAUUUACAGCCAACAGAAAUAUAUGUAUAUACAUUUUAAAAAUUACAUUACAUUGUAUACAGAUUCAUAGAUAAUAGAUAUCUAAUCACGUACUAAUCGUAAUGUUUACAAAUAAUUUUAACAUUACAAUAUAUUAAAUGAAAAGUAUGGAUCUACAAAAAACAGACAACAGAAACAUAAUUAUACAUAAUCAAUAACCCUAUUUAUUUGUUGUAUGUACAUGUAUAGUUCGAAAAAUAUAUGAAAAAUUUACUUUCAA